UGAACGCAGCACUUUAGGCAGUUUCUGUGUGCCAGCAGCGGUUCAGUCAGCAGCGUCUGCAAUCCGACUAUAAAUCAAAAUGCCCGUAGAUCUGAGCCAGUGGAGCGGCUCUCUCGCCCUGCCGGAGGUCGAUGAAAAGCCUGCACAGCCUCUGACUAUUAAAUACGGCUCUGUGGAAAUCGACGAGCUCGGGAAAGUGCUCACCCCAACACAGGUGCAGAGUCGACCCACCUGCAUCGAGUGGGAAGGAUGUGAUUCCAGUAAGAUGUACACUUUGGCCCUGACCGACCCAGACGCUCCCAGCAGGAAAGACCCCAAAUUCAGAGAGUGGCACCACUUUCUGGUGGUCAACAUGAAAGGGAAUGAUGUGUCCACUGGCUGCGUCAUGUCGGACUACGUGGGCUCUGGUCCUCCCAAGGGCACAGGUCUCCACAGGUACGUGUGGCUGGUGUACGAGCAGCCAGGCAGCCUGUCUUGCUCCGAGCCGGUCCUCACUAACUGCUGUGGAGAUGGCCGUGGCAAGUUUAAGAUUCAGAGCUGGAGGCAGAAAUACAACCUCGGAGCCCCGGUGGCGGGGACCUGCUACCAGGCCGAGUGGGACGACUACGUCCCAAAACUGUACGAGCAGCUGGCCGGCAAAUAAAUAAAAAGACUCGACUCAGAGUGUUCAGCACUAGGAAUUCCCACGGAGGCUGCCUGGUCUGUAGGAAAUUCCCAUUCUUGCAAGAAGCAAAAAAAUCCCAACAGUAAUAAAGCAUUUUUCUUUUGCGAGUGUGCCACUGAAUAGAAUUUUUUUUCCCUCACUGUUGCCUAACCAUGCAGUGUCACCUGCACUAUUCUAUUCUGCAAUAAAUCUGUUAAACACUGAAA